GUCGCAUCGUGCUUUGAGCACACAAUGAAAUCUGGCAUCAAAAUAGAACGUUUAGAAGAGGUAGAGGAAGUAGUUAACGUCGAAAUUCCUCCAGGCAAAUCUCGUGUGAUCUUCAACAUCGAGCAGCACGCAGAACUCAUAACUCUAAUAAAGCAAACGACCAGCAAGAGCCCAGGCGUGAUCAUUCUUGGCGGGUGCUACUCUUACACCAUGGUGAUUGUCGAAUCUACACAAGACCUCAAAUACACGAUUGAUCGUAAAGAUCCUGGCGAAGGUAACCUAAUAAAAGGUCAGGAUGGUGGCUUCGCUGUCCAAGUCGAGUCAGGCAGGCUCGUGGGCAUGGUGUUCGCUUGGAAGCCAUAAAUUGAUGAGUUGUAGUCGAAAUUUGGGAGUCCCGUGAUAACAUCCAUCGUCGCAUUGAAAUUGGAGCCAAUGUUAUAUAGUGGCUCAGGAUUGAAAGAGGUCUGGAGUGCUGGCAUUUGUCGUACCCUCUUCGCUGCUCAUGAUUAGUUUACCUCUUUCUACCCAUGAAUGUAUG